AUGGCAGAGAUUCAUGAGGUGGAAGCAAUGGUUCUCAAGAGUUGGAUGCUUGAGCUAAUGAAAAUCAUGAGAGGAUUCGAAUAUUACGGGAUGAGAAUUGGUCUUGUUAACAAAUACACAACGACCGGAGUCUACAAAGAUAAUUUAUUCAUAUGUAGCAUCGCUUACUAUGGCCGAGAAGUUUGCUUCCACUCAGAAAUCAAAGUUGGAGCAAGAAUUUUUAGAGCAAGAGGAAUGAUCACGCAGGCGCACUCAAGAAGAUCUCACAUGGCGUCUUGGGAUGAUCAGCUUCAUAUCUUCAGUGUCGAUCAUGAAUUCGGAGAAAAGAAGAUCCGUUUCAGCACGACCGACAAUCCAAAAUUUGACUGGUAA